AGUGUUGCAACUGGGUCUGGCGUGUUCCAGUGUGGUGUCCAGCAGUGUCUCCCACUACUUGUGAAGUCUGAGGUUGCAAAAGGACUGUGAUCAGGAGGAUCAUCCAGAAUUCUGACUCGAAAUUCUCAGAAAACAGGACCUUGAUGUGAGAGGAGCAGGUUCAGGUAAACAAAGGGCCCCACAUCUCCUGCCCUUCUGCCCACACUCCUGCCUGUUUGGCCUGACCACAGCCAUCAUGCCUCGGGGUCAUAAGAGUAAGCUCCGUGCUCGUGAGAAACGCCGCAAGGCACGAGAGGAGACCCAGGGUCUCAAGGUUGCUGAGGCCACUGCAGCAGAGAAAGAGGAGUGCCCCUCCUCCUCUCCUGUUUUGGGGGAUACUCCCGCAAGCUCCCCUGCUGCUGGCAUCCCCCAGAAGCCUCAGGGAGCUUCACCCACCACCACUGCUGCUGCGGCUGUGUCAUGCACCGAAUCUGAUGAAGGUGCCAAAAGCCAAGGUGAGGAAAAUGCAAGUUCCUCCCAGGGCACAACAUCCACUGAGAAGUCAGCCAAAGAUCCUGUAGCCUGGGAAGCAGGAAUGCUGAUGCAGUUCAUGCUACAUAAGUAUAAAAUGAAAGAGCCCAUUAUGAAGGCAGAUAUGCUGAAGUUUGUUGAUGAAAAGUACAAGGAUCACUUCCCUGAGAUCCUCAAUAGAGCCUCUCACCGCUUGGAGCUGGUCUUUGGCCUUGAUUUGAAGGAAGACACCCCUAGUGGCCACACCUACAAGCUCGUCUGCAAGCUAAACCUCACCAAUGAUGGAAACCUGAGCAAUGAUUGGGACUUUCCCAGGAAUGGGCUUCUGAUGCCUCUCCUGGGUGUGAUCUUCUUAAAUGGCAACUCUGCCACUGAGGAAGAGAUCUGGAAAUUCAUGAAUAUGUUGGGAGCCUAUGAUGGAGAGGAGCACUUAAUCUAUGGGGAACCCCGGAAGUUCAUCACCCAAGAUCUGGUGCGGGAAAAAUAUCUGAAGUACAAGCAGGUGCCCAACAGUGAUCCCCCACGCUAUCAAUUCCUAUGGGGUCCAAGAGCCUACACUGAAACCAGCAAGAUGAAAGUCCUGGAGUUUUUGGCCAAGGUGAAUGGUACCACUCCCCGUGACUUCCCAUCCCAUUAUGAAGAGGCUUUGAGAGAUGAGGAAGAGAGAGCCCGAGUCCGAUCCAGGGUUAGAGCCAUGCGUCGCCGUACUGCCACAACUUUUAGAGCGUGUUCUAGAGCCGCAUUCAGCAACUCCUCCCAACCCAUGUGAGAAUUAAGGCAGAUUGUUCACUUUGUUUUUGUGGCAAGAUGCCAACCGUUUAAAGUAGUGAGAAGUCAAGAUAGGGCUAGAGAGAUCAUAACAUAUAUCUUCUUUGUGUUCCUGUUAAACAUUAGUAUCUUUCAAGUGUUUUUCUUUUAAUAGAAUGUUUAUUUAGAGUUGGAAUCUAUGUCUAUGAGCGACAUGGAUCACACAUUUAUUGGUGCCGCCAGCUUUAAGCAUAAGAGUUUUGAUAUUCUCUAACACAUUUUUGAAAUCCUUGAAUCUUUUUUGGGUUCAAGAAGAAGAAAGUAUAGCUUUAGAAUAGAGAUUUUCUCAGAAAUGUGUGAAAGAACCUCACACAACAUAAUUGGAGUCUUAAAAUAGAAGAAGAGUAAGCAAAGCAUGUCAAGUUUUUGUUUUCUGCAUUCAUUCACUUUUGUUUUUGUAAAAUCCAAAGAUACAUACCUGGUUGUCUUUAACCUUUUCAAGAAUGCAGAUAAAAUAAAUUGUAA